AUGAAGAACACAGGCAUGAGUUUGUUAAUUGUGGCAUUGUCACUAAUCGGAUUAGCACGAGCUGCAUCUUUCUACGAGGUUGGAGACACCAACGGAUGGACGACAGCGAUGGGCGUUGACUAUUACAAGACAUGGUCUUCUUCAAAGACUUUCUACGUUGGAGAUUCUCUCAUCUUUCAAUAUGACAAGGGUCUCCACAAUGUGUUGGAAGUGAGCUCCAAAGAUUACGAGUCGUGCAACCCUAACUCCGCUCUGGCCACAUACGAAUCCCAGUAUGAACUCGUUAUCCUUAACCGAACCGGCCACUAUUACUUCAUAUGCGGUCUGCCUGGUCACUGCGAAUCUGGUCAAAAGCUCGACGUCCUAGUCAUGCCUGCCUCUCUACAGAAUACUCCAACUGUUCAACCAAACAACUCUUCUCCAUCUUCUAACCCUAACCCUAAUCCUUCUCCAUCUUCUAACCCUAACCCUAAUCCUUCUCCUCUACCGAAUCCUUCUCCAUCUUCUAACCCUAAACCUAAUCCUUCUCCUCACCCGCCUUUAGAGGAUCCUCUAGUGGUUCUUCCAGUAGAUGCUGCAACGAUUGCAGCACUUCCUUACAAUGCAGCCUCAAGCCCUUGCGUGUGGAGCGGCUUAAGCAUGCUUUCCUUCAUUCUUUUACAAACCCUAGUUUUACUUUAG